GUCCUAAUUGUGUCUUAGUUCCAGGUAAUCAUUAUGGUUUUCUUUCCUAGGUUCAGAUCCAGUUCGAAAGUGGGCAAGUCUUGGAGAUUUGAUUAAUGCGCCCGAACGUUCCACAUCUCCUGUAUCAGUAAGUAUAUUUUAGUCUUGUUCUGGCUAGAAAUUUUGACACUUAUAAGGAGCUGAUGAAAAUUAAACUACAAUUCUCUAUUUUAUUUGUUUGACUCCAACAAGAGUACUUCAUAUAGUGAAUAGAAUUGAUAUUAUUUUCGUACUUUAAUAACUGCCAAUUGUUGAUGGUUUAAGGAUAAUUGUGAUGAUAACGGGCUAAGUUGGUUAACUAGGAUUAAAAAUGGAUAGUUGUGACAUUGAUGGGAUAAAUGCGGUAAUUUUGGGGUAGUUAGGGCAAUGAUAGGAUCGGUGUUGUUAUUAAGGGAUAGUUGUGGUUAAUGAGUUGAUAGGGGAUAUGAGAUGUGUUAAGCUGGUAAGUUAUAUUGGUAACAAUUCUAUGAGUUUUGUGAUAAUUCGUUUAAUGCCGUAUUUAUACACGUGUAGACACUAGAUAAUCCGUCAAAACUAUCCAUCUUUUUACCUUGUUGUAAAAACGGCACAAAGAGAAAUUAUCGGACAAACUAUCUUUGGCCAAGUUCGUCCGGACAAUUCAUCCAUCUUUAGUUUAGAUCUGGUGAAAUCACAACUUUCACUCGCGUUUCAUCGCCAGCUUUCGUCGACUAUCACGCGCUCUCGUCAACUCUCAUCGACUUUGAACCAUUGAACUAUAAGUAAACUGGAAUGCUAAUUCAGGGGGGGGGGGAUUGAAGCCAGUGGCUAUUAUAGUUUUUCUGAGUUAUGAGCAGAAAUUCUCAACACUGAACGUUGUGCUGUAUAUGAAACUGAAGCUAUUGAAAAACGCUAUUUGGUGUAGAAAUUUCAAGACUUUAGCUAAAGGGGAAAUAUUUAAAAACUACAAAAAUAAUUGCCGAUAAUUUGCCAUUUUUUGGCCGAGUGACUGUUGUUUUUGUAUUUUUAAAAUAUUUUUCUUUUCGCUGAAGUCUUGAAAUUUCCACACCGAAUAGAAUUUUCAAUAGCUUCAGUUUGAUAUAUAGCCCAACGUUUGGGGAUCAAGUAUUUCUGGUCAUAACUCAGAAAAACUAUUUUGGCUUCAGCAAAUCAUAGCCAUAUAGGCCUUCAUCAUAGCAGUUAGCCCUCCAGUUUACUUAUAGUUCAAUUCUUUGAACUGAUUCAAAUUUUGAUGAGAGUUGACGAGAGUUUUCGCAAAGCGUGAGGUAAUAUCCACGAGUCAACUCUCAUCAACUCUCAUGCAAACUCUCGCUUCCCAACUCUCAUGUGAACUCUCAUCCUAUCGUUUGAUCGUCAUUUUAGACUGUCAAAUACUGAAUGUGUGGUGUAAUAUUGUGCCAUACAUAACAGUAUGGAAUAUUUAUAAUUGUUCAGGAUAUACUUGCUAUUGUUCCAUUGACUAAACGCAAUAAAAACAGGAAAUAUUACAGGAGUAAAAUGGAAAGUCACGCACGUAGCCAGCUUUGAAAAUGAAAUAAUUUGCUGUCGGUGUAUAUGGAUUCGUGUGGAAUUUUUUAGACUUUGUCAUGAUCUUCGUUGGCUGACAUUGUAUUAUAAGGGUUGUAUGAAAUUCGUUUCUUCCAUACACUAAAAUGACAAGCGGACAAAACACUUUGGAUUCCCUGUUAGAUACGGUAAAUGUACUUUUGUGAUUCGUGAAUUGAGUUUUGUUUGGACUAUUAUAAUCUAUAUACAUUGCUUUUCGACAUACCUGAUUCCUGUGAUGUAAAUGGUGGUAUUUUUAGUUAUGGUAUAUUAUACAACAAGACAUAUAGAAAGAUUGGACUUUAAUAAUCUUUAUUAAUAAUAUGUGAUAGCUGUAAGGUUAUUUAUACUGGAUAGCUCAUCAGUUCUGAACUGUUCUCCAUCGACACAAAUCUCAUAUUCAGUGUUACAAGGGGAGAAAAAACUGACGUUGAAGAAAUCAAGCGGUAUAUUUGCUAAAAUUAAAUUAAUUUUCCACGGCAGCUUAUUGUAGAAUACCUCCUACACUGGACCCUCCAUGUUUGAGAUUUUAUCUGUGUCACUUUGUUGAAACGUGUUCAUAUUUUUUUCACUUUCAUUACAGAUUUUCCGCCGAAGAUUAUCAUCCGGUCUUGGAAACCUUUUAGCGUUAGGACGUCUUGAGAAAGUUAUUGAAGAAAGAAAUAAAAAAGCUCCAAAGAGGUGGAAACUCAAUCAUAGGUAUACACCAAAAUUGUAGAUCAUUUUCUGACUUUAUUUAUACUGGAUGUCAGUUCUAAACUGUUCUCCUAAGAGAUGCAGUAUAAAGAGCCGUACAUUAUUGAUCUAAUCAAAGUUAAAAAUGACUUUAUUUAUACUGGAUAGCUCUAUCAGUUAUAGCUCUAUACACUGUUCUCCAGGUUCAGCAGAGAUCAUCUCUUAUUGAUCCAGCAUUAGUAUACAUUAGAAAACGUUAACUAAACUAACUUUUGUGUAUAUGGAUAGCUUCAUCAGUUAUAAACUGUUUUCUGUAGAAGUCCAGUAAGAGCCACCUAUUAUUAGUCUAAUGUUACCACAGGAAAUACCAAUACUAAACUAGCUUUAUUUAUGCUGGAUACUUGAUAGCUCUAUCAGUUCUAAACUGUUGAUCCAGUGUUACUAUACAGGAGAAAACCUAAACUGAACUGAUAUAUUUAUACUUAAUAGAUUUAUAGCAGUUCUAUAAGUUGGUCGUCUUAGAGAUCCAUGUAAGAGGGUAAUCUCUUUUCGCACUGCAUGUUUCCAGAUUGUUGACAAGUUGUUAACGGCUUGUUGACAACUUGCUACGAGGCUGUUGACUCAACAAACUUGGUACAAGUCAGGGCUGCAAAUAAAUAUUUGACUUGACAGGACAUUUGUCCGAUCACUUUUAAUUUUGGUCGGACAUAACUUGAAUUUGGUCGGACAAAAACCAACACCACUAAAUUAAAUUUGGUCGGACAUAUAUACGUCACAAGAUAUAUAUAGGCUAAGUCACAAGACAAGUAUGUAUAGCCAUUCCGGCGCAACGUUAAAGUAAAAUGCUAGAAUGCCUCGUCAAUUUUAUUGCAAAAUAAAUUGAGUGAAUUUGCAAUCGAAUUUUGUCACAGCAAAAAAAUGUAUAAUUUGACCAAAUUUUUUUGUGAUCUGACCAAUGUCCGAUCAAAAUUACUUUUGCUCGGACAUUUGCCAAAUUUAGUCGGACAUUGUCCGAUGUCCGACAGUAAUUUGCAGCCCUGCAAGUUGUUCCAACUCAACAACUUGAUAACAAGUUGUGAGUGACAACCUUGUAGCAACUUGAUAAAAUGACAACAUUGUUACAACUUGUUGGCAAGCUUGCUACGAGCCUGUUGCUAACACAUCUUGUUGACAAGUUGGGAACUGAAAGGAUUUUUAUGUGGGUGUGUGGGGGGUUAAUAUAUCAUGUACGUCAAGUUGUUCAAAUAUUGAUAAAAUGUGUGUCGCUCUGUUGUCUUUGACAAGCACAAUCGGUAGAUAAGUGAAGGGUUUUACCAGACACAUCCUUCCUCUUUUGUCUGACCUGUUUUCAUUGCCCAUGUGUCAUCCACUUUCCCUUUGCCUGACGUGUUUUCAUUUCCCAUCUCUUAACUCUUCUUCGUUGUUUGACGAAAAUAUCAGUUAUAUGUACGAGGACUUUUAAAAAGGAACUACUACUUAAAAUAACGUAAAACCAUAUAGGAUACAAAUUAUGAUUGUAUUUACAUUUCACUUAAUACCAAGAUUUAAUUUCCCCAUGAAAUAUAUUAUUCAUAGUUGGCAAUGGAUUUGAAUUUGUAAUAUGCGAAGAUAUAGUUUAUUCCAGAUUUGAGAAAUAGCGUAUUUCAAAAAUUCAAUGAAUUUGCCCACUGCUGUUGCCACAAAACAUCGUUUAUUUAUUUUGGGAAAUAAUUUUUCACACCAUUUUAAGACUUUAUAAUACGAGAAAAAAAAUUGUGGCAACUUGCUAAUGCAAUAUAGCUGGUUUCAAUCCAUGUUAAUGAAAAUGUUCCCGCAAUAUAUCAGGCAUAUCAUGGUCAUGGGUAAACAAUUCAACUUAACAUCUCUUGAAAGCAGAUUGCAUGUCGCAGUAACUUUGUUGCACUCAUUAUAAAUUCACCUUAAUCUUUUUGGAAAUUAUUUUUCUGCCCGAAUUGUUUUUAAGUCUGUCUGUCUCUUUUGAUUACUAAUAAAUCCACAAACACACAUCUAUUAAUCCUCGAUUUGCAUAAACAAUUUCGUAGUUUUUCCGUCGACUAGCGUGAAGGCAUUGUGUCUAAAAUUAAUCCUUUUUGUAUUAAACAGCAUGCGAUGCUGUCUUUCUGUUGUUUGAAAACUAUUACAAUAUUGUGCUUGUUAAAUACGAACUGUAGCACACAUUGUAUUCACUUUUGAAAACGACUUGAUGGUGAAGUCACGCUCGUAAACACGAUAUAAACACCAAAACGUAUAGUUCGAAGGUGCUUUACGAUAAUUUGUUGCUUGUUUAACGUUGUCGCGCCGAGCUGUUAUGUACUAUGUCUGUUUUAUACGAAGGGUAAGUCAACUGGUCUCGUAAACGUCCAUACGUAUUGACAUAUGUUGCAUGUCCUAACAUGUUUUAAGUGUUCUUUGUUUGCACGUUUCUCUGUACUUAAGUGAUGAUUCCUUGCCUAUUUUUUUAAAAUUGCAUGACGUGGCUAAAACAUGCCACAUUAUCGUUACGCAUAGCCGUAGCUUUGUACAAUAGCUAAACAACAGCGUACGGUUCGUGGUUAGUAAUUAUAAUUUUAGUUUUAAAUAAUUCCUGAGAAAUCCAAUGCCCAUGCAAUGGCUGUAGAUAUGUAUUGAGUUUGUUUUGGUUGUUCAAAUGCUAGGUAAUACUAUAGGCUUGAAGUGCUCAAUACCAUAUAGACAGUAAGAGCUAAUAGUAUACAUUCUUGCUUACCACAGCCUGUUUCAUCGAAUGAAGAAAUGGCCCGUACGCACCUAAACGUUACCAUCACAGCUUGUUUCACUAUCCAAUGAAGGAAUUUCCAGAUUGGAAUGAAGGAAUCUUCAUAGCUACCUGAAGUUCCAUUGGAUGAAACAGGCUGUGGUGGUAUAGCUUGAGGAGAGCGAUAUUUAUCUGCAUAAUUUCAUUAUAUAUAAUUAUGUUCUGGUUCACGGAAUGUCUGAGAGCGCUGAGUGGCAUAAAGAUAGAGAAAGGUUAGAUUAGCUUGCCUCGAAAUCUUCUAUAUCAUCCGUUUCACCCAAAUGGAAUGACUUGACGAUUCCAUUUGGUGGUAAAACCGACGUUAAUGAAGAUUUCGAAUUGAAGCAAACCUACACUAUAUUCAUCAUAUUGUCUCUACGGCUCCUUAUACUUUUGUAUUUAAAGCCAAGGUCUGCAAGCCAACUUUUGCUGUAUACUGUAUAUAGUCACAGCGCAAUUUUUCACACUGCUAACUCACAUUCUGUACAUAACUGUACAUGAGUGCCAAGUGGGAUGCUGGCAGUAUAGUUUAUGUUCCUUUCAUUUCUGCAACAUUUCUGCAACAUUCCUGCAAUAGACAGUUGUCUGAUUAUAAUUUUACCUCGGUUGUAUGUCAGAAGAGUGCUUUCACUAACUUUACCAAACACUCAGUUUUCGUCCGUUUCCUCCUGUAGUAACACUGGACCAACGAGAGAUGAACCUCUCUGGACCUCUAGGUCUAGGAGGAACAGUUUUGAACUGGUAGAGCUAUCCAGUAUAAAUAAGAUUAUUUUAGGCUUCCUCCUGUAGUGACUCUGAGUUCUUCCAGUUUGACUCAACCAAACAACACAGGGUUUUUUUCAGGUGGUCCAGAUUCCUCCUGUAGUAACUCUGGACUAAUAAAAGAUGGGGUUCUACUGGACUUCUAGAGAGAACAGUUCAGAACUGAUAGAGCUAUCCAUGCAGUAUAACCUGUAUUGGUAGCGUAUGAAAUGCCUGAAAUUUUUUUAAAAACUUCGACAUUUCUAGGCCCUUCGCUAGCCCCCUGACAAACAUUCUUCAAAAAUGUUAUUGAUCAUUAUCAGGUAGUUCGGACACAAAACACGACAGCAUAGUAAAGAGCACUGGACCGCCAUGUUUCAGAUAUGCUUUCAAAAAAGUACGCAUCCAUUAUAGCUUCAAUUAUUUUGACACACAGACCAUUAGCAUAGCAAUUUUAGUUAAGAAUGACAACUUUAAUAGCAUUAAAAUCAUUACCCUAAUUACAUAUAUAGUACUUGGAUUUUAAUUUAAAAGUUUUUUUUCGGUACAAAAUUCCGUCUUAAAUUUUUUGUUUUCGUUCCUAUAACAAUGUUGCCAUGCUAAAAUAUUGUGCGGCCUCUUAUAUACUGCAUGCCGAAAUAUUUUGGCAAAAAUUUACAUACCUUAAUAUAUUCAAAUGAGUUAACCGGUCUAUUGUGUGGAAUGAUUGAGCAAUGCCUUCGUCUCAUUACACAUUCGCUAGUUAGAAUAUUAAAUUAGUAAAAUAUGUUUUGAUUUUAGAGCUGAGAAACCAAAAGCUGGGCUGUUCAACGCACAGAAUAGUGGAUUCUCGUCACUGCAACAGGAGUCAGCGGCUAUAACGGUUAGUGUAUUGUAUGUUACGAGAGUGUUAAUCUAUUGUCUGUUUCUGUUACCAGUUUUAUGAUAAAGACUUUGCAACUGUGGUAUUUGGUUUUGAAUCCAUUGUGUGUGUCUGUGUAAAUACAAAGGCAUUCAACGUAUUAGUUGAAAUCGUUCUCAUUGGGAACCAUAUAAUAUUGAUUACUGUGUCACUUAUCCAGAAGACUGUUUGUAGCCAUUUAAUCAUCAUAGGAUCGCUACCAUUUAUCAAAGUGGUAAUAAAGUAUUGAUAUAUAUCUCUGUAAUCGGUAACGAUUGAUUUACAUAUAUACAACAUACUUUUAAGACCCACACUAUUUCAUAUCGUCGUUAAAACUAGGCUGAUAUAAUAUUGUAUAUUAAACUAGGUUAAUAUAAUAUUGUAUACUGCCCUUGAGUAAACCAGGAUGUGAGCUGAACGGAUGUAUUUUAUCAGCAACGUUGAUACGUCAUUGGUGGUUGGUUAUUGGUCUCGAAUUUUUUCUCUAUGUGCAUAAAAACCUUAGUGCUUCACCGUAAUUCAGUGCAGCUCGGAUUCACUGAUGCAUGGUAUAGGCACAAGGUAUAGGUAUCUGGAAGUUACCAGAGUGAGAAAAUAAUGUUAAUUUUUUUCAUUGUAUGAAGUAGUUUUGGUGGUCAGUGAAUUGCGGGAUGUAGUCCGGUUUGCUUGUCCCCUAUCAAUGUGAACGAUUCCGAAGUUGACUACCAUCUGCCACUCUGUGUCAUAUACUGAAACAUACGAAUAGUUGGGUCAGCUGCGAAAUUUCUCCUCUUGACCGAUACGAUUGAGUAAAUUACGGACUGCUUGUUCCCUGCUUGUUGACAAGUUGUCAGUGGUUUGUUGAGAACUUGCUACAAAGUUGUUGAGCUCAACGGACUUGUUACAAAUUGUUAUCGUCCUACAAUUGAACAAUUUGUCAACAAGCUGCGAGUGACAACCUUGUAGCAACUUGACGAAAUAACAGCAUUGUUACAACUUGUUGACAAGCUUGCUACAAGCCUGUUGCGAACACAUCUUGUUGACAAGUUGUGAUUUUUACAUGUGUAGAAUGUUAUAAAAUUCAUGCCUUCUGCCAAAUUCCUUAAUUGACCAGUUAUCAAUUGUCUUUCAUCUCUGAGAUUCUGGGUUUGAUUAGACUCAAGAGAGUCCGUCAACGCUCUACCGAAAGUCGUGGGUUCUCUCCGGCACUCCAGUUUCCUCCAUUAGGGAAAGUCGACAGGUUGCUUUAGGAAACCUUGAUGGCGGCAUAAGCCCGCAGUUAAAUACACAUUAGGAUUAAAUAAAUGAUAUUAAUUUUAAACCUUAACUAAACUAACUUUAUUUAUACUGGAUAGCUCUAUCAGUUCUAAACUGUUCUUCAUAGAGGUCCAGUAAGGGCCAUCUAUAUGCCUCCAUCCUGAUGUACUUAACUGCAAGUUCUGUCGAGUGUUAAGAAGUGAAUGACAUGCGUAAAACGUAAUUUGUCACACCUAGAUACACCCAGAUUUGCGUGAAGAACGUUUUAAGUAUAUUUGCUUUCCCCCUUAAUAGGUUAAAAGUUACCGACACUUGAGUUAAGACUAAUAAUCUUGGUCUUAAUACAUUAAAUCUUCGUAGCACAGUCAUAUGGAGGUCUUUGAUUAUAAUUUUCCCUCAUUUAUGGUGUUUGGAGCAAGCGCUUCAGUCAUUGAACCUAUGAGAAAAGUGGAGCCAAGAUGGCGGCCAUUGACCUCCGAUAGCUAUGAAGGUCGUAAACAGUUUUAAUAUACCAUUUUCCCAAGCCCAUUCCAGUUUUUUCUAACGGACCAUAUCACUAAUCAAGUUAUCAGUUCAUAAAACCACAAUAUUAUUAUAUGGCUUUUCAAAAUUCUCUAUUCUGAUUGGUUGACAAGCGGUCCGUAAAAACCCAUAUCCGGACCGUGGUCCGUAUUUUCCGUAUCUGGACCGGUGUCCCGGAUGUCGUUUAUCUGGCGGGAAAUUUUUGCUUUGCAAACAGAAAAAAAUUUUGCUUUUUAAUUUUCCAAUUGUGUGUCAUUAAAAUUUACAGAUAAAAAUUUCAAACAACAAAUUGUUUUUGAUUGAGCAUGCAUGCCUACCGUAUAUUGUUAUCCAGUGAAACUGACGAUAGCCGAUUUAAUUCUCGUGAAAAGCAUGUGCUCACAGACUCAUGCAGUUCAGCCAUAUAAUAAACCGAUUAUUGACCUCGCUUGUCCGGUCUGUACUGUGAAAUAUCAGACCUCUGUUUUUUUGCAUGGACCUCGCUCCUUCGUCGCUCGGUCCAUACUAAAAAACCUCAGUCUGAUAUUUCACAGUACAGACCUCACGCUCGGUCAAGAAGCCGUUAGUAUUAUUCUUUAAAAGUCAAAAUGAAAAAUUUCGGCACACUUCUUCUGAAAGGGACUGAAACUGACGUCCAAUAACUCCAUUUUUGACUUCACUUUUUGGACUCGAGUUCUCACUCCAGAUAUAUCAUGGAGCUCAGUGGUUCACUCUACCAAAGACCUCGGGUUCUCUUUGGGUUUUGUGGUUUCCUCCUCUAGAAAUACUGGACCAACAAGAGUGGCUCUUCCUGGACUUCUAGGGAGAACAGUCUAAAGCUACAGUCAUAUUGUUUCCAGAAUCUAUUUCGGGUACCACAGGUUUGGGAGGUCUUCAUGUAAACUGGCUAUACCCCUUCGUUAGCUAAAAGGAUCCCGAAAUCUGUUUCUGGACUUCUGGGGAGAACAGUCUAAAGCUAUAUAGUCAUAUUGUUUCCAGAAUCUGUUUCGGGUACCACAGUUUUGGGAGGUCUCUAUGUUAAACUGGCUACCCCUUCGUAAAAGGAUCUCGAAAUCUCUUCCUGGACUUCUAGGGAGAACAGUCUAGAGCUGAUAGUACCCAGUUUAAAGCUGUAGUUAUAUUGUUUCCAGAAUCUGUUUCGGGUACCACAGUUUUGGGAGGUCUCUAUGUUAAACUGGCUACCCCUUCGUUAGCUAGAAGGAUCUCGAAAUCUCUUCCUGGACUUCUAGGGAGAGCAGUCUAGAGCUGAUAGAGCUAUUCAGUUUAAAGCUAUGGUUAUAUUGUUUCCAGAAUCUGUUUCGGGUGCAACAGUUUUGGGAGGUCUCUAUGUUAAACUGGCUAUCCCUUCGUAAAAGGAUCUCGAAAUCUCUUCCUGGACUUCUAGGGAGAACAGUCUAGAGCUGAUAGAGCUAUCCAGUUUAAAGCUAUGGUUAUAUUGUUUUCAGAAUCUAUUUCGGGUACCACAGGUUUGGGAGGUCUUCUUGUAAACUGGCUACCCCUUCGUUAGUUAAAAGGAUCCUGAAAUCUCUUCCUGGACUUCUAGGGAGAACAGUCUAGAGCUGAUAGAGCUAUCCAGUUUAAAGCUAUGGUUAUAUUGUUUCCAGAAUCUAUUUCGGGUACCACAGGUUUGGGAGGUCUCCGUGCAUGUUAACUGGCUACCCCUUCGUUAGUUAAAAGGAUCCCGAAAUUUAUUACAGAGGUGUCAACUGAUUAAGCGGUACUGCGGUUCUAUAGCUCAUGCCGAAACUACGAUCGCGUGGGGCUGGUUAUCAUUUGUAGAUUUUUUUAUAUGAUAAUGCAAUGUCAGUGACUUUAAAAAAGUGCAUUUCAAAUUUGAAUAUCUUGAGAGGUUGAUUAACGCAGUAUGACUAAGUUGGUGUAAUAGAGCUUGAAAUAACAGCCGAUUACCCGAUUGGCAAGACAUUGUGUAUGAUCGGCCGAAAAGCGGGGUUUUCAUACAGAAAUAGCAGGGAAAGUCACGACUGCCGAUCACUUUGAUUUAUAACUUUGAGAACGUUAUUUCAAGCCCUGGGUUAAGGACACAGUAGAAAAUGGCGGUGAGUGAUGAGUUGUCUUUAUUUACAAAGCAUUUUUACAAAGUAUGUUAUCAUUUCAUCACAUUUUGUUGCUGGCACAUGGUUCGGUGGCAGGGACUGGACAUCUGGUAAAGUCCGAAUUGAGAUCACUUUUUAAGCGGUGACUGGGUCAUAUUAUACGGUACAGCGCUUUAACCAGCUGAGCUACCGAGUCCACAAAUUCAUGUACAAUAUAUGUAAUGGAUGACCAAAUUCUCCCGAAAUCUAGAAAGUUUGGACUGAUAGAGCUAUCCACUGUCAAUAAAACUAUCCUAUACAAAUAGUAUAUCUUCAAUGAUUGAAAAAUAUAUGAAGCUAGCUUAGAUUGUAUUGGCCUUGGGUGUGUAUUUUAUUUGAAAAUCCUGAGAAUGUACGUCAAACUUUUAAGCGCUUCCUUGUUUAAACUUCGCCCAAAGAUGAACGGAAUUCCAUAACAAAUUUGAAAUUCUAAUUCCAUUCUAUUCCAACGAUUUCAUUUCCCGUUUCCAACAGUGAAUGUGACUUUGAUAUUUAUAUUGGAUAAUAACUUCCAGUAUAUACUCGAAGAAAAUCACUCAUGUGUUACUAGUACAAUAUCAAAAGGACAAUCGCAUAGAGAGAGUAUUAUUAAGUGAAUUUGGUUAGAGUUUUCAAGCCUUAGUCAUAGAUUUCAUAGUGAUCAUGAACAGUAAGUUUGACUAUAAUUAUCUAUAUAUAUAUAUAUACAGUGCUUUGUAAUAUCUACCUAUAUAGGUAAAAUUAUUCACUGAUGUUACGUAGCAAUUUGAUUAAUUUUGUACUUUGUUAUUUAAAAAGGGUUUGUUAUUGCUUAUCAAAGUCUUUUAUAAGUUAGCUGUUGAUAAUUUGAAACAUGUGAUCAAACCUAUAGUUCUAAUAUAAGGUAUUGGUUUCAGUAUAUUACAACCAUUAAGACUCUAUAAUGUAAUUAACAGUUAUACAAGCUAUAAUCCAUCAUUUUCAAGAUACAUUAGUCAUCAUUAUGUAAAAUUUAUUAGAUUGUUUGAUAGACUAUGGAAUAAACAUUAAACGUAUGUACACAAUGACAAUUAGCUUAUUAAGAACAUAUAGCUGUCUUGGGCAAAACGGGGUGUUGUCACUCUAAAAAAUUAACUAAAUUAGAUAGAAUUUUUUGAACGUGCAUUUUCAAUAAACCUGGUUGAGGUCUUACAAAUUGAGCUAGCGUGUCAAGUGCUUUGCAGAGCAUCAUAAAAUCUGUAAUUUUGGAUACACUUUUUAGAUAAUACCUUGUCCUUAACGAAACCCUAUUAGGAAUUUUUACUUUUACUAAUAGGUAUAUAUGUUCCAAGUACUUAUUGAUAAUUCAGGCUAUUAUAUUCAUUGCAUGGGGAUAUCAAUGUUAUGCAUAAAGAUAGCCUUUCAAUAUUCACCACAGCUAAUUAAUGUGUGAAAGCGAUUUCAUGUUGAUCGCGUGGGAGUCUAUGGAUGAGGUGUCACAAUGUGGCGGCCUGGGUUCGUUUUCUUGUGGGAGUCCAGUUGAACUGGAUUUGGAUUAUUGCUGUUGUUAAUUGGUUUGUUCCUUGUUUUAUUGGUGAUGAUGGUGGUUUUGGUGGUGAUGUGGUAGUGACAAUGGUGUUGAUAAUGGUGUUGUUGUUGUUGUUGUUGUUGUUGUUGUUGUUGUUGUUGUUGUUGUUGUUGUUGUUGGUAGUGACAAUGGUUUGUCGUCGUCGUCGUCGUCGUCGUCGUCGUCGUCGUCGUCGUCGUCGCUGCUGUUGCUGCUGCUGUUAUUGUUGUCGCUGCCGUUGUUGUUGUUUAGCUGUUUUCUUUAGUUGCCAUUGUUGUCUUGUUCUUUAGAAGGUUCUAAGUCUGUUCUCUGGUCAUGCAUGAUAGCAAUGGAACAACAAUGGAUAAACGAAUGACCAGCAUUUAGUGUUGUUUUAUGACUGCGUGGACAGCACUAUACUUUCACUUUUCAAGCAAAACAAAAAACUUGAUCGAAAAAAUUAUAAAUUUUUGUUCUACAUUCUUUAGGACUCGGUAGAUUUGGCAGUUGAUGGAAAGGUCGAAGUUCGCGCAGUACAUCCAAGUGUCAUUGGUCAUCAAUAUUGUUUCGUGAUCUCAAAUUCUCUCGAAACGAAAUACUUCUCGUGCAGAUCAGGCGAGGAAAUGAGCAAAUGGAUUGUAAGGUACAAAGGAUGAGUUUUAUUCUGAAAUCUCUCUCAACACAAAGUAGUCGCAGACAGUUUAUUGAACGUAUACUUUUCACAUUUUUAGUGUGAAGAAAGCUCUGGAUCCUUCGAGAGAUCUAGAGUGUCGUACAGACAUCAGCCUUUCAUUAUGGAUCGUGGAAGCUAAAGGUUUAACCAACAAGAAAAGGUAAUUAAGACUAAGUCAUUAAAUCUUGAACAAACUAUUUUCAUAUGCUUACCUAAUGCUUGCAUUAUUAUUGAUUUGUAGAUAUUUCUGCGAGCUUCUCCUUGACAAUGUUGUUUAUGCGAAGUCCUCUGGAAAACCACAGAAGAACGACUCGCUGUUCUGGGGAGAACAGUUCGUAUUCGAGUAAGCUCAAGUUGCUUAACCUUGCAAUAUUGUAGUGAUCAUAAGUUUUCCUUUGAAAAGUUCAGCAAUUAUAAAAGGGGCGAACCAUUAGUGCAAAGAAGAAAGGGAAAUUCUAGCACAAGCAGACGGCCGCAAAAAAUUAUUAGUCAAGUAAAAUUUCUCCCUAUUUUUCUAAUGGUUUUCUCCUAAGCUGCUGUGGUUAGUGUUUUGAACGAAAUCUCACCGACUGUCUUUUAAAGGACUUUGCCUGGAACCCUUGAAGUGUUUUUAAUAAUCUUCUUCUGACAGAAAAUUGCAGGAGACCACUUACGCUGGACCCCACGUUGAUAAUUGUUGAAUAUUUAUCUUUGCAGAGAUCUUCCGGAGCUUUCAAUGGUGCAAAUCAAUGUGCACAAAGACUAUGAUAAGAAGAAAAAGAAAGAUAAAUCUUCAUUGAUUGGUAAUGUGUCCAACCAAAUUACUAAGCUAUUGACUGCGGGAGUCUAAAAAUAGUCUAAAAGCAAGCCUAAAUUAGCUAAAAAGCUGUUUGGGCAGAAUCUCCCUGAGUUGUACGCCAUGAUCUAUUCGUCCCGAGGCUACUAGUUUUGGUUCCUCGUGCCUACCAGGUUUCCUCCUGUAGUAACACUGGAUCAAUAAGAGAUAAUCCUUGCUGGACCUCUAGAGAGAAUAGUUUAGAACCGAUAGAGCUAUCCAGUAUAAAUAAAGUUAGUUUAGUUUAGGUUUCCUCCUGUAGUAACACUGGAUCAAUAUGAGAUGGUCCUUACUAGAUCUCUAGACUCUAGGGAGAACAGUUUAGAACUGAUAGAUUUAUCCAGUAUAAUAAAGUUAAUUUAGUUUAGGUUUCCUCAUGUGGUAACAGUGGAUCAAUAUGAGAUGAUCCUUACUAGAUCUCUAGGGAGAACAGUUUAGAACUGAUAGAUCUAUCCAGUGUAAUAAAGUUAAUUUAGUUUAGGUUUCCUCCUGUGGUAACACUUAGAGAGAACAGUUUAGAACUGAUAGAUCCAUCCAGUAUAAAUAAAGUUAGUUUAGUUUAGUGGACUAAAAAGACUUGAAUGUACCUUAAAUGUGAAUUGUUUAACUUAUUUGCUAUUUUCUUCCUUUCCCCAACAGGCACAAUCGACAUUCCGACGAAUUCUCUUGCGUUAGGUCAAGAAAUGGAAACAUGGUAUACAAUAUCUCCGACCUCGACAGGGAACAACGAGGGUGCCUCGUUGCGAAUACGAGCCAAAUAUCAGAGAAACUUAAUUCUUCCUCUUGGAAUCUACAACGAACUUUUAGAGGUAAAAUUUAAUUCAGAUCAUCCCAGAUUUACUCGGUAUCUUAAUAUCAUUAUCAAAUUUUGGCAAAUUAAGAAUAUAAUAUUACCCUAUGUUGUGGUUCUUGAUCCACAAAUGUAUCCAAAAGUACUAAAUUGUAUAUUUUGUUUUCUCUCGCAGUUUCUGAAGAACAACUACAGUAGCUUGUGUCAUUUUCUCGAGCCAGUUUUAAGUGCGAAGGCUAAAGAUGAAAUCGCCAAGAUAUUAGUUCGUAUUUUACAAUCUUGUGGAAAAGCGAAAGAGUUUCUAAUUGACCUCGUGACGACAGAGAUGGAAAAAUCAGGUAUAAGCAGAUUAAUGAGUUAUUUACUUGUGUAGAAAAUUUAAAUGCUUAGUUACCUUUGCUCUAUUUUAUUUGCUUCCGUUGCCAACAGUAACUUUGCGCUUGAGUUGGUUGUGAGGCUACUGGCAUCACUUCAUUAUACAUACAUGAAUUUGUGGUUAAUGUCCAGCAACUGAGCUUUGUAGCUCAGUUGGUUAGAGCGCUGCCCCGGAAUCGCAGUUUCGAUUCCUGCCAGAGUCUAUAGUUACAUUUUUUGCAACUGCCCCUGGUUAGCUCUGAAAGUGUGUAGAAAUUUGUGGUCGAAUAUUCCGUCUACAGAAACUCAUCUACUAUUAAUCUUCUCGAACGAGAUGCCCCCAAAAUCUCAAUAUUUACCCAUAUAAUCUUUACUUAAAGGCACAGUUCAGCAUUUCUAAUGAUGGGUUUUUGGCAUUACGACCCUUUUAAUUGAAAAAAAACCCAACUAGGAAAAUCAAUUAAGCAUAAUUCGUUAUCAGUGAUCUCAAUGUUUUUAACAUUUUUUAACAUUUUUAAUGUUGAAAACAUUGACUUGAAUUAUGCUUAAUUGAUUUUCCUCGUUAGUUUUUUCAAUUAAAAGGGUUGUAAUGCGUCUUCUCAAACUCAAUAGUUCAUAAAGGAAAUUCAAAAGAAAUGCAUAUUUUAUAAUUCUGUAUUUAGAAAUAAGUGGAAGAUUACAGCCGUUUUUCGUUAACUUUAAACUCGAUUUUCUUUUAAACUAUAUUUGAAACUAUAUCCAACACUCGCAAAUGUUCUUCCUCUGAUUUCUAAGUACAAACAAGCUGGUUAAAAAAACUCGGCUUCGCCUCGUAUUUCAACAUGCUUGUCUGUAUUUAGAAAUCAGGGGAAGAACACUUACUCGUGUUGAAUAUAGUACUUAAAAACCAUCAUUCAAAGGCUGAACUGUGCCUUUAAUUGUUUCUUUUAUGCUUGAUCAAGGUGACGAAAAUCUUCUUUUCCGUGGAAAUUCCUUUGCUACGAAAGCCAUGGAUUAUUACAUGAAAAUGGUUGGCGAAGAGGUUUGGAUUUUGUUUAAAUUUUUUUCUCAAUAAUGUGGAAUAUAUUAUGCAAGUACAGUAUACAGAAGCUGUACCAGAAUUCAACGAGAUUCCUUAUUCGUUUAUUCCGUGUUUUGCUUAUAGUAUCUGGAACAAACGCUGGGUGAACUUGUGAAGUCUGUUUACGAGUUUGAUGAGAGUUGUGAGGUAAGCAAUAUAAACUAACUUUAUUUAUGCUGGAUUGGUCUAUCAAUUGCAUGCAUCCGGAUAAAACCAGCCGUGUUUGGUGGAGUCAAACUGGAAGGGCUCUUCUCACAUGCUAAGACACUUUGUUCCAAUUAUUCUCUAAUUCUCUACUUAUGUAGGUUGAUCCAUCCAAAGUGUCGAGCAGUCAACUUGAACCUAAUCAAGAAAACAUCAAGGCAUUUAUCCAGAAAGCUUGGAGUCGCAUUGUUUGUUCUGAGGAGGACUUCCCAAGGUAAUCCAUAAUUUUCAAUAUUUUCUGUGUUGGUGUAAUGUACUCAGGUGAAUAAGAUGCUUGUGAUGUUACUCUGAGUGUAUACCUACACCGGGCAGGCUUGAAAAUAUGCCUGGCCACGGUGGGAAUCGAACCUACGACCUUUGGAAUACCAGCCCAAUGCUCUGCCAACUGAGCUACGCGGUCAGAUCGGUUCGAAUAUGUGAUAUUUCGGAACUGAGUCUAGUUGAAGGAACUUUGGUAUUUUGUAAUAAGCUGAUGUGGUUUGUGUCUGAACUACGUAAAAAUAUAUCUCGGACGUGGUGGGCCCAGUGUAGGUAGUAUUCUACAAUAAACAGUUUUGAUUUGUGUAUAAACUCUCUGGAAAAAGAUUAAAAAACGGUCUUUGUCAAGAAUUUAAUAGUAAAUUUAAACAAGCACUGAGUCGUAUAUUUUUUUCGUUUUUCACAGGGAGUUGGUGGAUGUAUUCAGCGAAGUUCGUGACGCCUUUCCGUAUGCAUUAAGCAAGGCUUCAUGUCUCAAGCUCAUCUCGUAAGUAUAACGUUGAUUUCGCAUUGGAUGUGAAUAGACUGAAUUAGCUAUAACACUUUUGUAUGCUUGUUCCUUUAGGGGCACUGUAUUUCUACGAUUCCUGGUGCCUGCUAUUCUUUCGCCAAGCUUAUUUGGCCUAGCACAAGGUAUGUUUUGGUUUAUUUCCUCUGAUGGAAGCAAGAAAAUCCAGCUCCGGUCAGAUGAGAAUGGGUGAUUCCAAACUAUAGACUAAAUUUUGAUCAAGGCAAGAAGAACGAAAUCCAACACCACAGCUAGAAAGAGCGUCUUAGAAUGAGUAAAACUGCAAAGAUUGGUUGCGAAAUGUUGUACAAUGAAGAAAAUAUAGUCCUGUCAAGUUCGCAAAUUUUGUAUAUAUUUGCGUUACGCACGGUAAAAAUAUCCAUUUUCGUCGGCUCAAAAAUGGUCAUUUUUCCCGCGCGUAAUGCAAAUAUAUACAAAAUUUCACAGGGCUAUAUUUUCCUCAUUUUACAACAACUCGCAACCGAACUUUGCAAUUUUACUUAUUUUAAGAUGCUCUUUCUAGCUGUGGUGUUGGAUUUCGUUCAUGUUUAGAUCACAAUUUCCGGUAAUCAAUUCUCAUCGACUCUCGCGCAACUCUGGGUCAUCAGAGUUGAGAAAACUCUCAUGCAAAAAAUCUCUCGCUUCUCAACUCUCGUUAUAACUCACUCAUCCUGGUUUGGCUUUUAAUCAAGGGGUUUAAAUGUAUGUUUCCAUCGUUACAUUUCUUAAAAAUGUUUAAAAUUAUUUCCACAGAAUACCCAGACGAGAGCACGUGCCGAACAUUGACCCUUAUAGCCAAAGUGAUACAAAAUCUGGCCAAUGGACUGAGGUAAAUACCAUGGAGUUUUCGUAUUUCAAUGACCAAUUCUUGCUGUGCAAUUCAUGUCAUCGCCGCCAUGAUGGAUGAUUUGCACAAAGUAUUUCAACUUUCAGGGAGGUAAUUCGGGUUCUUGGUUGUUUUCAGGUUUGAUCAAUCGAAAGAAGGCUAUUUAGAAUUUAUGAAUUAUUUUAUCGACGACGAAAAACGGAACAUGCGAGAAUUUUUAAAGAAUAUCUCGGUAUUUAUAAUUUAAUAUUGUGUUGUAUUUGAUAUUCUCCAUUUCUUUAAACUUGAUAGCUCAAUCAGUUGCAAGCUGUCCUUCAUAGAGGUUCAGUAAGGGCAAUCCCUUUAUGGUUCGAAGCACAUGAGGAACACGAAUAAGCAAAUAAACAAACGACGACCUCGCUACUUUUUAUUAAUACUCCCAUUUAUUCUAGACUAAAGAUGAGGUUAAUGAACCGGACUACAAUGGCUGUGUUGAUCUUGGGAAAGAACUGUCCGCCAUGCAAAGUGCUCUCAAUGAACAAAUCGAUAAAUUGGACAAGGUAAUUUACGCUUAUAUAUACAUGUUCAUAAUGGAUUGCUUUCAAUAAAAGGCGGUAUGACCUAAAGUCAUAUAUAAAAAUAUAUAAAUACAGUAUUUUUACACAUGCGGAAAAAGACUACAAAUAACUUUGUCUUUUGUUUUUGUUGUGUAGUCAAUCACCUGCAUGUAUUCUAAAAGCUCACUCACCGUCACACUCAAAAAGUGGAGGUUCAAUUUGAGCUUCCCUUGAGUGUCAAUGCUGUUUUUGAAUAGCUGGAGGGUGAGUAGUCACAUAGUAAGGUAUGAUACUAACCGUCCAGCUAUUCGAAAACAGCAUUAACACUGAAGGGAAGUUCAGAUUGAACCUCCACUCUUCGAGUGUGAGUGAACUUUUAGAAUACUGGAGAUAUGAAUCACUAUAUGGAAGUGAUUCUAACCCCUGUAUUCUCACUCACUCAAAGCUCACUCACACUCAAAGAGUGAAGGUUCAAUCUGAGCUUCCCGUGAUUGUCAGUGCUGUUUUUGAAUAGCUGGAGGGUUAGUGUCGUACCUUACUAUGUGACUACUCACCCUCCAGCUAUGCAAAAACAGCAUUGACACUCAAGGGAAGCUCAGAUUGGACCUCCACUCAUUGAGUGUGAGUGAGCUUUUAGAAUACAGGCGUAUAUGUUUUUUGGAGCACCCGAUUGGUAUCUAAUUACUGGGCAGCAAGUGGUGGAGACAACAGAAAUGUUCACACUGUUUUCUAAGCACAAGAAAAUUUAGCCCAUCUCUCGGUUAUUGUCUUAAUUCUAAUAACUACCACAUGACCACAAUCUGCUGCACGAUAGUGUCCUAGUGAAACGUAUUUAUGAAAUAUUAAUUUCGUUUCGUAUUCUCAACUUUCAGGAAGCCUUGAGUCAACUAAGUCCGCUACAAUUCGUCUUGGAAACAUUAAACGAUGCCUGUCAAAAUCCUGACGCUGUUGGCGUUUUUAAUCCAAACUCACUCAUUUUAUCCAAGCAUACAUUAUCAGCAAACCUAUACAAGAAACUCGCCACAAAAACACCCACUGAUCCUAAAUUGGAUCACUCAAAGAAAGCUUCGGCUUUACGGACAAAACCGGAGUUCCACGAUGCCGAACUUUCGGACGGUCGCGAAGAUGCGACGCGGAAUAUAAUUAUAAAAGAGACUAAGAAAAGGAACCAACGUUAUUAUGAUAUGCGGUCGGGAAGCGGCCUGAGCCGAGACUCGUCCGAGUAUAGUUCCGAAAGCCCCCGAAGUAGGCACGGGCAAUCGACAAACUCGAAUACUCCCCAUUCAGCAAAAAGGAAAACUUAUGCGCGGAAACCGGAUGUACGGAAAACGGAUGUGCGGAAAACGGAUACGCGGAAUCGACCAAGAACGGACAUUGAAGUACGAUCGCCUCUUCCGACUUCAAACCGGGAAUUUCCAACUAGUGAUUUAGGGGAGGAGGACUUUCUGUCAUCAGGGGAAGGCAAUGCUGGGUUGAUACCACCCCUGCAAAAGCUCACGGUACGGUAUGUCGACCCCACAAGUUCGGCAAAAUCGUCCGGAAGUAGCGGCGGUUCUAAAUGGACUGGGAGCGACUAUGGGUCGCUGCCAAGGAAUUUUGAGAGACUACAGGAAGAUAAUGAAAUUGAAAGGGACUAUGUGGAAACUAACACGCAUGAGCAGAAACUUGUUGAGGAAUCACGUAGGACUCCUGUUUCGGAGCCGGAAGAUAGCGUGUUCGCGAGACCACGUGACUAUAGGAAUAAGCACCAUCAUAGUCGAUCAUUAGAGGAUAUUAUAUCAGUGCACUCUGACCCUGAGUCAACGCGGGCUCCAGCACGGCCGCGACCGCGAUCCUUUGUUUCCCGUGAUGCGGAAACCGUGAUUGGAUAUGAGAGCAAAUCGCUCAACGUUGAAAAGGAUUGGAACCCAGCACGCAAUGCGCCAGGUUCACCUUUACUGCGCAGAAUUGAUAAGUUUAAAAGACAGUCUGUAUCUAGUAGCUCUAGUGGCGGGAGUUUGGGCGCAAAGACAAAUUCAAGAGAGAUGUUGGAGAGAGAUGGACGUAGUUAUGGUCAUCAUCAGAGGUUUGUCAAGAAACUAAUCUAACUUUAUGCAAAACUUUUUAAACUUUUUUUUCUAAAUAGUAAGGAUCAUCUCUUAUUGAUCCAGUGUUACUACAGGAGGAAACCUACACUAAACUAACUUUAUUUAUACUGGAUAGCUCUAUCAGUUCUAAACUGUUCUUCCUAUAGGUCCAGUAAGGAUCAUCUCUUAUUGAUCCAGUGUUACUACAGGAGGAAACCUACACUAAACUAACUUUAUUUAUACUGGAUAGCUCUAUCAGUUCUAAACUGUUCUUCCUAUAGGUCCAGUAAGGAUCAUCUCUUAUUGAUCCAGUGUUACUACAGGAGGAAACCUACACUAAACUAACUUUAUUUAUACUGGAUAGCUCUAUCAGUUCUAAACUGUUCUUCCUAUCGGUCCAGUAAGGAUCAUCUCUUAUUGAUCCAGCCUUACUACAGGAGGAAGCCUGAACUAACUUUAUUUAUACUGCAUAUAGCUCUAUAUCAGUCCUAAACUUCUCACAUGUGGCUGAGGUGAAAUUAUAACCAGGCAGUUGCAUAUUUUAGGAAUCAAACACCGGUCACAGAGGUGAGCGGCACAUCCCAUCAAUCUAUUUUGCUCUGGUUAAAGCCAGAGAAUGUUCUGUUUCGAUAAAAGGUUAAACGUUUCUUUUUCUGUUUCCAGCAAAGAGCAGACGACACUUCAAGCAAACACACUCACGGAUAACGAUGAUCAUGUGUUCAGCAAAUCAACACAGGUAAACACGAUGUUAUGUUCACGUUGCUUGUUCCACAGUAAUGUUUACAAUAUGAGCGGCCGUGUUGUAUCAGAUAUACAAACUUGAGCCGAAUGCGAGAGUUUGUAUAUCUGAUACAACACGGACGCGAAUGUUGUAAACAACUUAAAAAACGGCUCAUCUUAUGAGUUCAUUGGCGAAGUAAUUUUAAAAAUAAACGUUGUUUAAGCCGAGAAAAUCAAAGUUAAAGUUUAUGUAAAUCAACAUGAAUCUGUAUCACAUAUACAGAUACGACACGCUUAUGAUUUUUCUUUGUGUUUUCUUCAUGAAUUAUUAAUGAGUUUUUUAAGCAUUCAUUCAAACCAAUAAUAAGGGUUCGUACGGGUUUUGGACAGUUUUGGAAAUUGAUUAUAGGUGUUUUACAGGAGCUGGAAAGUUUUGGAAAAUCUAUUGUCAUUGUUUAGGGCUAUGGAAAGUCAUGGAAUUUUGUGCAUAAAUAAAAGCCAUAAAACAAAUCUAUAAAAAUGUUUUAUUAUAGUAUAUAGUUUUUAUGUUUCUAUGUAUUUACGUUUUAUGUCGAGCACUUGUGCUCGUUGUAAUAUUUAAAUGUCCGCUCGGAUCCUUACGCGCGGAAAUCAAAAGUAUAUUUUCUGUUACUUAGCAUUACUUUACCUAUCACGUUACUAAGUUUUUUAAGAAGUUGGUUUUGGACAUUUUGAUGUAAGGGCUAUGGAAGGUUUUGGAAAGGUUAAUUUAGAAAGUCAAACGGACGAAGUUGUACGAACCCUGAAUAAUCGUUUUGGCGUAUACCUCUUCAAACUUAAAAUUUUACAAUUUUUAUGUAAACUUUUUUGCAGCCUACCCCGGCAGACGUGUCUGAUCUGAGACGAGAACUCGAGGAUACCAAACUACGGUUGUCGGAGAAACAACGGGAACUCAAUGAAGAACGCGCCACGAUGAGAAGACGACAAGUUGAAAUUGAAGAAAAGUUACGAAGGGAACAAGAUUUAAAGGAUAAAGAACUGAGAGCCGUCUAUGAACAACUCAGCAACGCCGAACAGCAACUACGGGACCAACAGACCGACAUACAAGGAACAUUAAAAGCGAAGAAUGUUAUUAUACAAGCACAAGAACAACGAAUUAAGUCACUCAAUACGGAUUAUAAUAAGUUACUAGAGGCUCUUAAUCAACUGCAAAAAACGCCAUCAGUGAAAAAUAUGAAUAUUCGGAUAACAGAUAAUCUAUAGCCGAGGUGCAGUAAUGGAUAUGGGUGGUUUAUUACGGAUAUCGAAUGAUAACAUGGGAUAACAGGAUCGAAAAGACGAGGGAUUUGUUGGGUUUGUAAGGUACAGCAAAGGAUAUAUGGUAGGUUAUCUUGGAUGACAAACGAUAACAUAGGAUUACAGGAUCAAAAAUGUGAGGAUCUUUGUUGGGUUUGUAAGGUACAGCGAAGGAUAUUGGCUCACAUUGUUCGUUGAGUUUGAUUCAUAUUUAUUGAUACUGAGUUUUGGGGGAAUGUCGUUAUUUGAGGAAUUUUAAUUGAGUUGGUAAUCAAGGUCUGUAAGGCAAAAGCUGAAAAGAGGUUGAUGCAGUUAAAUUGAAAUUUUAAAACUCUAAUGCAAUUUAUUUUACACUUUUUCGAUAUCUGUCAACGUUUUUGCGGUAUUUUGAUUUGCUUGAAUACACUGAAUCUGUAAUUUUAAAAUCCUGACAAACGAUUGAACUUAGUCAUUCAAAAAUUAAUGAUAUUUCCGUAGUUAAUAGCCUGCGAACAGGCUCUUUGAAUUGAAUUAGAUUUCAAAGAGAGUUCAAAGAGAGCCUGUUCGCAGGCUACGUAGUUAAAAAAAUUUCAGAUCAAAUUUUCCAAAACAAAUUUCAAUCAAAUCGUCAUAUGUGUAAAUGAUAUUGUGAUAUUGUGAUAGCAAAAACGAAGACAGAUAUUAAAGUGUAAAACGGUUUUAAAAGUUCAUUCUAACCAGAAAAGGCACAGACAAUAUAUAGUGUUCAAAUUUCGUUCUUUAUCGUAUAUUUUGCCAUACAAAUAUCUAUAUAUCUAACACGUUCAAGGCAUUUCAUAUUGCUUUUAGAUAAAUUAUGACAAAGGAUAUAUUUUUAACGUACAAAAUAUAGCUAGGUUUUUGUACAUAGAAAAAGAAAUUUAUAAAGGCAAAAUAUAUUUUACUAAAAGUUCAAGUGUGUGGUUUUUAAAAGAUUAUUGGGCCGUAAUAUAAACCGUGUCAUUUUUAAUUAACAAAUUGUCUCCUCGUUUAGCGUUUCAAGACUAUAUGGUCCUACGCUUUUUAUUGUCGUAUCUAAAUUAGUAUCCCUCGGCCUUUCGCCUUUGUGCGGGUAUCUCAACCUCGUCACCUCUUGUCGCAAUUGCAUAUUGACUCGUUCCAGUCUUAAAAUUCGCUCCUCUUGCCACGCGAUCGUUUUAUCUUUGACAUCUAUUGUUUCGUUUAUGUCUUGUUUUUCUCGCCUGAGUUCGCCUUCCAGUAACAGCAUUUUCGACACAAUUGCAGCCAAGCUCGCGUCUGUGUGUUCUUGUUGUUUUUUGUACUUAUUGUCUUUGAGUUGUAGAGCGCCAGACAGCUUGUUUGUUUUUGUCUUUUCUGCUUUAAGCUCGAGCUUGGCUCGCCGCAGCUCGGCUUGUAUGCGACGAACGUUCGCUCGGUAAUGCCCGGCUAACGGUUCCUCCU